AUGCCAUCAUCUACAUCAACAGUCCUCCUCUACUUCCUCGCAAUAUGGAUCCCCUUCCUCCCCGUCGCCAUGAAGCGCGGUUGCGCCGCCGACCUCUUCAUCAACAUCGCACUCUGCAUUCUCGGCUGGAUCCCCGGUGUGAUUCACGCAUGGUAUAUAAUUAGUCAGACGGAGAAGGUUCCUGUGGCUUGA